AUGCUCGCCAGCCACAAAGGGAUGCAGAGAACACUGCGCGAGAACGCGGAGAUGCCGCCGGUCAUGUCAUUCACAUUUUCUGCCCUCGUCGCAAAACUGAUGGAGGCUGACGAUGCCAACGUUGUCUCUCUAUCCGGGGCUGUGCAAGGCUGGUACCAUGCAAACAAACGGCAGAUGGACCGGAACACCUUCCUGCUUGCUGCUGGUCGAAUGCCGAACACCAGCAAGUUGCAAUGCGCCGGACGAGAUCAGCGCCGACAAACUCUGUUCGAAAGCGACGCAGUGCUGUUGAGGGGUGUGGUUCGGGUGCGACCCUUCGGAGCGGCCGAUGAAGUUGCUGUCGGGAUGAGCAGAGUUGUCAGAGGCGUGUCGCCGCAUUUCCUGACUCUUUGCUAG